UCAGCGAAGGCUUCUGGGAAAUGUAGUACUUCAUCACAAAGGCGGGAAGGGAAGGAAACCCGCAACACAUAAUUUGAGAAAAGCAAAGCCGCUGCCAGCUUCUUGGAUGUGAACAGUUACAAGAUUCAAGACGUCAGCUUCAUCAACACCGUCAUCAUCCUCAGGACAGUUACAGUAUGACUUGCACAGUGGCAUCAUCAUCUCCCGGCAGGCACCAGGUGAGAGCACGAACUUCAGUGGCCACAACAGCUCACGAUGGAGGAGGUCAAGACUUUGGAGGUGGGUGGUAAAUCACUGUGUUACUGUUUUAGUCUGUUAACUUCUGUUUUAGUCAGUGGAGAAGUGCCGUAAAUAUGUUGUGUCAGUAUUUCAGAAUCCAUGAGUGUGUACAGCAAAAGUACAAAACUAUUGACAUUUCUAGUUUCAGUUUAUAUUUUGCUUUUGAAAUACUUUGAAGUAGUGUCACAGUAAAGUUUUAACUUGUAUUAUGUAUCCACUAUUACCACAGGUCAGUCCACAAAAUUCAAUAUGUAUUAUUAUUGAUAUUGAUUAAUAUUUUUGUUAUUCAGAUGGACUACUUAGUCCUUAAAAUUACAAAUCAUCCCAAUUUCAAGCAGCCCAAAUGUUAUGUCUUUGAGUUGCUGGUUUUGUGUAAGAAACAGCCCAAAACCCAAAGAAAUUCAGUCCACAACGAUGCAGUGAUAGAAAACAGAAAAAGCAGCAAAUCCUCACAUUUGAGAAGGUGGAACCAGAAAAUGUUUUACAUUUUUAAUUGAUAAAUGUUAAAUUAUUCAUUUAUAAUAUAAUAUAAUAUAACUAUUGUCAUUUUUUAAUUAAUCAAUUAUUUCAGUACUACACUGACUCGUGUUCCUGUGAAACUGUACAACUGCUUUUACUUUGUGUUAAUAAUAAUAAUAAUAAUAAAGUGUAUGAGAAAUAAUUAACAUCAGCUAUCACUUAGAAAUGUUGUUUAUUCUACUCUGCCUUCUACUUUGAUAGAUUUCAUAUUCUGUGUAAAAAUAUAGUUGCUGAUGGGUACAAUAGACUGUUAACUACAGUGGCUUGGGAGUUCUGUAAUAUAAAAAUUUUCAUUUUCUGUCCAACAAUACUGAAGGUAUGUGUGUGUUUUCACAUGUCUGCUGGGUCUACAGUGCGUCAGCACAGCAAAGCAGUGCGUAAGCAGAAACACUGAGUCACUUAUUCUAGUUUGAGGGCCAGCUGUGUGCUAGAUAAAUGAGCAAGUAAGCAUAAUGUUCGUUUGCUCUGUGCUGUGUGAUAGAUAUGCGCCUCCAUUUGAAACACACUCUGCUGCAGUCUUUGCUGUGCUUUCCACAGGAUUAGAAUCCAUAUAGCAUGGUGAUUAAAAAAAGCAAAUGUUGAAUAUACAAGAGCCAUUUAAAUAGCCUUUCAUUCUCUCUCAGUUUUAUUUGUAGUCUGCCUUUUGGUGUCUCCUGUAGAAAUCUGCCCUCUUAAGGAGGAGAGGUGUAGGGCCACAGCUGAGGUCCUGACCAUGUGCCACCUCCUCCUCUUGUCUGCAGACAGCUUCCAGAUGCUGAGGUCCUUUAGAGAGGCCCAACAUCUGCAGAAGUAACUGAGAAAAACUCCUCUCUUCCUGAGCAGGUACUGUUUAGGCUACUUAAGAAACUGUCCCUACGACAGUGUUGGUCAUUUGUUCAAACAUUUAUUAAAUGGCCAAUUUUUUUUUUCCUGACAUGCAACCUCUUGUGGUCAGGCAAAUAAUCACAGCAGCCAAGACACAAGUAGUGCGAUGUUAUGUCGUCAUGUAACCUCUUGGGGAGGAUGUUUUAGUGUAUAACCAUAGAGGUGGCAUAUCAGAAAACACUCGUAUGAAUAGUUUUUGAAAUGGUUAUGUGGGUCAUUUUAGAACAAGGCAACAAAAAAACAACCAGUAUCGUUAUUUUUGUCAAGCUGUUUUAAGGUUGCAUUAGAAAAGUUGGUCACUCACAGUCCUCUGUCACUCAGCCAGGUCUGUUGCCUGAACAACAUUAUUAUGUUCUUAUUUAGUUUGGAUUUAAUGCUUAACAGUUAACAGUUACUGAGAGAAAAAGCACAAUAGUGUAUGACAUCUGACAAUUUUCUAAACCCCUUUAUCCUGUUCAGGGUCACAAGGGGUUGAAGCCUAUUUCAGAGCACACAUCAGACAGUGUGUACCUGGACUGGUGGCAAUCUAUCACAGUCUAUCACAUCACACUGUGUUUUCCAGUUGCAUUUCACUUUCCCUGCUAAGUCUGAACUAAAAGAAAUCACUCUGCCUGUGGGAUUUAUCUAUAUAUAAGUAACCAUAAUCGCUACUUCAUCUCUACUGUUAUCCAAAGGAAAAAAAAAACUAUAAUCGCAUAAAAAUGUCCCUCACGUUAUUAGACACAUAUCAUGCACUAAGCUGCCAGUAAUUCACCUUACUCACUGACAUGACCCCUCAGUUAAUCCCACCAUGCUGCUACAUCCUGUAAUAUCAUUUUUUGUUUUUUUCAUUUUCAAAACUUUCCUCGCAAUGAAGCUCACCACCCAUCCAAGAAAAACUAAGUAGAUGUGAGUUGGAUAAAAUCCCCAAUCUUCCACUUUGUCAUCCUCUAAAUGAAAUGAAAUAUUUCGGUCUCUGGUUUGUUUUUGCCACUGAUGUGAAAAUGUGCAAACAAACAACACAGGAGCUGGCUCAGAGCUGCGAGCAUAUGUACAGCAUCAGGUAACACAGUACAGUGUUUAAUUACAUCCCUGGUAGAGAUGGCCCAGACCGAACUUGUCCCUGCACACGCUGCCAGAUGUCUAGUUCACAUGACAAUGAUUGUGAUCCCCUCCACACACAUACACAUACACAUACACAUACACAUACAUGCCAUUGUCUUCAGUAUUAAUGUGAGCUGGACCUUACCCUCUUGACAUGGCUUGAUUCAUGUGGGGAUGAGACACAGAUACUGAAUAGUUGAUGAGCUGGGAGAAAAAGAAAAGAAGUGGAGGGGUUGGGUGGGGGCAGAAAUAGAGAGAGGCUGACGGAGAGGGAGGGAGGAAGGGAGGGAGGGACAGAGCAGAAAGGCGGGUAUCCACUCGCCUCGCUCCACACAGCCUCAAUAAGCCCUGAGGUUGGGAGCCUUGAUGGAAAAUUACCUUGUGACCAGGAGGGGAGGUCAGGGCUGGUAGAGUCAGACUCCACUUGUCCUGAGAAGAAGAAGAAGCAGCAGCAGCAGCAGGAGCAGAGGGAGGAUGGCCCAUGCCUUCGGCUGAUCGGAGGGGACUGAGGUCGGGAGACAUGGAGAAACUAAAAGGUCCCGCCGUGGGAUGUACCAUGGCCACCUGUGGAUGGAGAGCCCUGCUUCUCCCACAGCUGAACAGACAGUCGUUGUAUGUGUAUGGCAGUGAGGUGGCCGUGGAGCAGGAGUGCAUCCGACAGCUGCAGAGCGGAGUCUUUGUCAUUCACCCUUUCAGCCUCAUGAGGAGUUACUACAUCAUGUGCAUGAUGGCUAUCACGUUUCUGAACCUGAUCGGGAUUCCCAUGGAGAUAGCUUUUCUGGAUGGAAACAAUGGGCUAGUAUGGGAAGGAUUCAACGUGUUUUCAGACACACUGUUCCUGAUAGAUGUGGCUCUGAAUUUCCGGAUGGGCAUCAUAGCAGAGGACGGCGAGGAAGCUAUUCUGGAUAUCAAGCGGAUCCGAGUCAGUUACCUGAGGACAUGGUUCAUACCGGACGUUAUAGCUGCUUUCCCAAUCGGCUACAUUCUGCUGUUUGCGGACUUACAAUACCACAAUGACGAUAACCCCUCCAAGACCAACAAGAUGAUGAGGAUACUGAUGUUUGUGCGGAUCCUCAGCUUGAUCCGACUCGCUCGAGUGUCCAGACUGGUCAGGUUCUUCAACGAAGUGGAGAAAGUGUCAAAUGCAAACCUGGAAGUGGUCCGGCUGUUCUUCCGCAUCUUGUCAUUGUUCAUGAUGAUUUUCCUGCUGUGUCACUGGAACGGCUGCAUCCAGUACUUUGUCCCCAUGCUUGAGGAGUUCCCCACUGACUGCUGGGUCCGGAAGGAAAACCUGAUGAAUGCCACAGUGAUUGUGAAGUACUCUUGGGGAGUUUUUCGAGCUCUCUCCCAGAUGAUUGCACUCUCUUAUGGCUCCAUGGACGCUCCAACAAAUUAUGUUGAAAUGUGGAUUGUCAUGGUCAGCAUGGUGUCUGGCUGUCUGAUGUACACCGUCCUCGUGGCCAACGCUACAGCCAUGAUCGCCAACCUCGACCCGGCAGCCAAGGAGUACAAGAGCAAGAUGAGCCGUUUGGAGCACUACAUGGCCUUCAUGAAGCUCCCACCUGAACUGCAGCUUCGUAUCAACAACUACUAUCAGGCUCGCUAUGGAGGGAAGUGGUUUGACGAGAAGGACGUCAUGGACACAGUGUCCUCAGCACUUAAAGAGCAAAUUUUGGCGGUGAUGUGUGGCCGGCUGCUGAGAAAAGUGCCAAUGUUUCAGAACAAAGACGAAAAUUUCAUUAGUGCCGUCCUUCCCAAACUGGAGUAUGAGGUUUUCCAGGAGGGAGAUGUCAUUGUCCGACAGAACGUCCCAGGCGACCGCAUGUUCUUCAUUGACCAUGGCCAGGUCCUCGAGGAGACUGAUUCCUAUGAGAGGGAGCUGUGUGACGGGGACUUUUUUGGAGAGACAUGCGUGCUGACCAAAGGCAAACAUCUGGCCACAGUGAAGGCGCUGACCGACUGCCAGUGCUUCUCUCUGUCCUGUGAUGACUUUCGGGAGGCACUGGAGGGCUUUCCAGAUGUCAAGAAGGACUUAGAAAAAAUGGUUGAGCUCAACUCUGACGAUGGACUUGUGUAAGACUAAAAACAGUAUUUGGACGUUUUUACUGUACGAAAAGGACAGGAGCUCUGAAUAUUUGCGGGACAAUUUAAUGUUAUUAUGUGAUGGAUUGUAAGACUGUGGCUGAUUCCUCACAUGGACACUGUGAUGUUUAGUCAUUGAUUAGACUGAAGCUCUGACUCUUGAGUGGGAAUUAUGUGAUCUAUCAGCAAUAAACAAUGACCUCAGCAGAGAAGACGAGUUAAGCA